AGCUUUCCACUCUCAGUCAGUCUCUGCUUUUUUGACUUUUGUUAUUUUGUUGUUGACAGCAAAUGCUGCGAGGACUGUCGUUUGGCGCUCUGACGGGCUGCUCGGUGUACUUUGUGCUGAACGGACACAUCUGGGAGCAGAUUGUCGAGCCGAUGGACGUGCUGGGCGGACUGCGCGCCAAGGUGGAGCAAGCGUACUAUGCCCAGGCACUCGCAUCCCCGCCACUGACGCCCGCUGUUACCGAACGUGAUCUCGAUGUCGCAUUGCUGCCGCGAACGCGCGUGUCCGAGCUCAGGCAGUCGUGGAACGAUGGCGUUCGCUUUGUCCACAGCGCAGCCUCGAACGCGCCCGCAACGCUGCCAAACGCUGCAUCAGACGCAUUCCAAGCAAUCAAGGAGGUCAUGGGCCCAGUCGAGCCACCGUCGUCCAAGUCCCAGGCUCAGGCUCAGCAGCCAUCAUCGUCCUCCACUCAAGCAUAGUCUCCACUUUUCGAGCGCUGUCUUCAUUCCCCCCCCCCCCGCUUGCGUGCUCGUGGUGAUUGUUGAUUUUGGGUUGUUUGGUUGUCGUCUUAUUACGUGUGUGAAUACAGUAGCAGUACAAUAACGUGUCA